CGGCCAAACGGGAGCAUUGCAGAAGCGGGUGGCCAUUUAAACAACAUCCUCCCCGCUUCCCUGCCUGUGCGUGCUCCCUAGGAGCGUGCAGCACCAUGAUCCAGUGCCCGCUGUGUCCUCCACAUACAGUGUAACAAUAGUGACACUGUACUACUUGUGGGGGGUGAUGAAGAUUUUUUUUUUUUUUUACACUAAUUGCUUUUACACCCAUAAAGGCUGUAAAAGCAAUCAUUUCUUUGAGAAAUACUGUGAGAGCUGUGGUUGGUCAAAGCUUGUCACAUGGUACAAGGCUGUUGUGAGUAGCCUUGUACCAUGUGACCUCUGUGAUCAUUCACAGAUUUCACAUGUA